AUGGACAAUUAUGAACCAAAACCAUAUUAAAAAUUUGAUUGGGAAGAAUACAAUAGAAAAAGUGCAAUUGAAAAGGAAUAGUAUGAAAAAAUAUCCAAAGAAAUUUAAGAAACUUAGGAAAGAUCAAAACAAACUUUAGCAAGCUUGGAGAUAACAUUCAAAAAUCUUGAUGAAGCAAAAACUUAAGCUAGAUAAACUGUUGAUAAUAUAGAUAAGUUUAAAAAAUAGUUCAGUGAUGCUAUGGAUAAAUUAUUAGAAAAUAUUGGAAGAUCUAUGGGAGCAAAUAAUAUUAAAUCAGAUGAAUAAAAUCCUAAAACUGCUCAAGAAGUUACUGUUGAAUAAGCAUCAAAACUAAUAACUAAAAAUGUAUUAAUAUUAUGUGGAGCUGGUUUAAGUUAUGCAAGUGGAGUACCAACAUUUAGAGGCAAAGAUGGAUAUUGGACAAAAGGAGAAGAUACAUUUGAAUGCCAAAAGGUUUUGACAAAUGAAUUUUUAACAAGUAAUCCAGAUUUAUGUUGGGAAUGGCAUAAAGACUUUUAAAAGAUGCUAAUUAAUAAAAAACCUAAUGCAGGACACAUAGCAAUUGCCAAUUAUAAAAAGAAGAAUCCAAAUACUUUAAUAGUAUCAUAAAAUAUUGAUAAUAUUCUCACUUCUAUACUACCUUAAAAAUAAAUCAAACAUGGUCAUUAUGAAUCAAUCUAUGAAAUACAUGGUAAUAUCAAAUAUAUGAGAUGCAUGAAAGAAUGCACUCUCAAAAAAGAUGAAUUAGCCACACUUUAUGAUAUGCCAGAUCUUACUAAGAAUUUAAGACCAAAAUGCCCUCAAUGUGGAGAAGAUGCAAGACCUCAUAUAUUAUUUUUUGAUGAAUCCUAUACUAAUGAAAAUUGUAGGAUCUAAGAGUUAUAAGAAAAGUAUGAUAACUAUGAUACCAUCAUAGUGGUUGGUACAAUGCUUGAAACAGGAUGUGCUAAAUCAACUGUUUGCAAAUUUAUUAAAAAAAAGGCCAUUAUAAUUGAGAUUAACCCAGAACCUAUAAUUGAAGUUGGAAAUACUUAUCAAAUAAAAGGAAAAUCAGAAGAAAUCUUGCCAAAAUUAUUGAAAUGA